AUGUUGAACGACAGACAGUUUCAUAACAAAACGAUCAAAGCAGUUAAACGUAGUCCCAUAGAUGGCAUACUUGUACUGGAUUUGCUACCACAAAGUAAAAGCAAUGAACGUCUGGUUUUUUGGUGCCAACAUCCGGACAUUAGAUCAUCACAACAACAUCCACAACAUCCAAAACCACAUGACACUUAA